CUUGUUCUCCAUUAAAGCCCCAUGCGACCUUGUACCGGCUGCAUCCAACUUAUACGACUUAUUUUCUAAAUCGUAACUAUCCUUUCAACCCUCCUAAUAUCUAUCGGCACUAUUUACUUGCCUUCAUACCUAGGUACCUAUCUAUAUAUAUUCAAUACGGAGCUAGAGAUUCCUUAUUUACUAAACUAGAGUGACCGGAAGAAGACAGAAUCAUGACGGUAGAGGAGAGUACCGCAAACGGGGUAUCCGUGCAAGAUGCCGCUAAGCCGGAGCUCGUCGAAGGAGUUGCCCACGAGAAACCCGUCGUUGGCAUAGAUGAGACAGAAGCACCAGUCACGGCGACAGCACUGGCUUCUAGGUUCCAACACCUCUCGCUGUCGGCACAAACCAUCCACGCCGACGAUUUCCUCAACUCGCACCAGUCCGUCGCCCCGCCUAUGCACGUCUCGACUACGUUCCGGUAUAACGACGAUCCGGACGAGCUUAAGCCGUGGACUAAUAUCAACCCCAACAACCCCUACGACUCGCACGUCUACUCGCGCGACACCGCCCCCAACACAAACCGCCUCGAAGCCGUCCUAACAUCCAUCCUCCACGGCCCCGCGCUAACCUACUCCUCCGGCCUCUCCGCCUUCCACGCACUCCUAGUCUUCCUCAACCCGCGCCGCAUCGCCAUCACCGACGGCUACCACGGCUGCCACGGCGUCAUCAAAGUCGUGUCCAAGCUCUCCGGUCUCCAAACCAUCCCGCUCGACGCCGACUUCGCCGACCUGCAGCCGGGCGACGUGGUGCACGUCGAGACGCCGUUGAACCCGACCGGCGAGGCCAGGAACCUGAGGUCCUACGCCGACAGGGCGCACGCCAGGGGCUGUCUGCUCUCGGUCGACGCGACGCUGGCCCCGCCGCCGCUGCAGGACCCCUUCGCCCUCGGCGCCGACGUCGUCAUGCACAGCGGCACCAAGUACUUCGGCGGCCACAGCGACAUGCUGUGCGGGGUGCUCGCCGUCCACCCGCGGCACGCCGGGUCCUGGAUGCCGCAGCUGCGGGCCGAGCGCCUGGUGCUGGGGUCGGUGAUGGGCAGCUUCGAAGGGUGGCUCGGGGUGCGCAGCCUGCGGACGCUGGAGCUGCGCGUGCGCAAGCAGAGCGGCGACGCGGAGAAGCUCGUCUCGUGGCUCGCCGGCGAGACGUCGAGGAAGAACAGCGUGGUGGGCGAGCUGGUCGCGCAGGUCAAGCACGCCAGUCUGCAACAACAACAAGAAGAGGGCUGGCUGAGAGACCAGAUGCCGGCCGGCUUCGGGCCCGUGUUCGCCGUGUACCUGCGCGACGCGGACGACGCGCGCCGGCUGCCGAGCAAGCUGGCGCUGUUCCACCACGCCACGAGCCUGGGCGGCGUCGAGUCGCUGGUCGAGUGGCGGGCUAUGACGGACGCCGGGGUCGACAAGAGGCUUUUGCGGUUUAGUAUUGGGAUAGAAGGGUUUGAGGAUCUGAGGGACGAUUUGGUGCGAGGGUUUGAGGCGCUGAAGGCGGAGAGGGCGAAGAGGGAUGUUGGUGCCAAGGUUGCUUCUGACGGCGGUGCGAAUUUGAUCGGGGGAGUGUGAUGUUAUCGGGUUGGGAUUGAUGUGUAGGUAGGUUGAAGUAGCUAUCCAAAUUAAAAGGAAGAAGGUUGGACUAUCUACUGCUUCAAAUUAUAUAAUAUGAACUAACCUAGUUAUAUUGCUUAUAAGAACAAGAAAGAUAUAGACAACCCUGUGUUCAAGUAUGCAAGCACAUUCUCUGCCAUCCUCAGCUGAUGUUGAAAAGGGGUAACCCCCUAUAUUGGGAAGACUACCUCACAAGAACAGUGCAAACCUACGCGGGCUUAUUAAAGCCUCGGGUGGAAUAUAUAUAGAAUGAGUUAGAACCAACAGAAGUUUUAUACACUUGCGGUCAACUCACGAUACUAUAUACUCUUAAGGCGCCUCUAUCCAAACCUACAUACUUCAGCAAAGCAAUAUGUUUAUCCCCAGCCUUAAAGCUCACUCGCUAUAAUAACAACCUGACUCUUCGUUAUUCAUACCCUAUUCCCUAU